AAAGAAUGUUUUGAGUUAAGCUCAUCAUCAUUUUUUUUCUUUGUUGAUUCAAAUUUUGAUUUUCCGAAAAAAAAUGGAAAUUGAUCCAGUUUCAUCAUCAACGCGACGACAAUGGAAUCAUUUAAACAAAGUUCUUUCCCGAACUGGCCCAUUUGUUCAGGCUGGAUUUGAUUCAACAGCCGGUCUAACCAUAUUACAAGAAGCAAAAAUUCUUGUUGUUGGUGCCGGUGGUCUUGGUUGUGAAAUGCUUAAAGAUUUAGCCAUGAUGGGUUUUGUUGAUAUUCAUGUUAUUGACUGUGAUACGAUCGAAAUGUCGAAUCUAAAUCGUCAAUUUUUAUUCCGUACCAAAGAUGUUGGCCGUAGUAAAGCAGUGGUGGCUGCCGAAUUCAUUAAUAAACGUGUUGCCGGCUGUAAUGUUACGGCUCAUUUCUGUAAAAUUGAAGAAAAAGAUCCACAAUUUUAUUAUCAAUUUAAUGUAAUUGUAAGUGGUUUAGAUGCUAUUGGUCCAAGACGUUGGCUAAAUACCAUGCUAUUUGGAUUAUUGCAACCAUCGCCCGAAAACCCGGCCGAAAUGAUCAAUAUUAUUCCAUUAGUAGAUGGUGGAACCGAAGGUUUUAAAGGAAAUUUUCGUGUUAUUAUACCAAGUGCUGAUAAUCCUUGUGUUGAAUGUAUGUUGGAUCUAUAUCCACCACAGAUUACCUAUCCACUUUGUACAUUAACACAUCGGCCAAGACUUCCGGAACAUUGCAUCGAAUACGUUAAACUUAUUCAAUGGAAUCGUGAUUGUCCAUUUGGUGAAAUAGAAUUAGAUGGUGAUGAUCCGGCACAUCUACAAUGGGUAUAUGAACAUGCUAUGGAUCGUGCCAUUGAAUUCGGUAUCGAAGGUGUUACCUAUCGACUAACACAAGGUGUAGUCAAACAUAUAAUACCUGCCGUAGCAUCGACUAAUGCAAUUAUUGCUGCUGCUUGUUGUACUGAAGUAUUUAAAUUAAUGACUGCAGCUGCACCAUUUCUUAAUAAUUAUCUUGUACUGAAUAAUUCUGAUGGAAUCUAUACGUAUACAUAUGCAGCAGAACGUAAACGUGAUUGUACUAUUUGUGGUCCAUUACCAAUACCAUUAAAAAUUUCUUCAAAAAAAUUAACUUUAGAUAAUCUAAUUGAUCAACUUGUAUUGGAUUAUCAAAUGUCUAAAACAUCUAUAUCAAUACGAACAAUUAUGAAAAAUGAUUCCGAUCAAACAUUAUAUAUGGCAAGUUUAGCUGAACAAACUGAAAAAAAUUUACCUAAAACAUUACCACAAUUAAUGAUUGAUGAUGGACAAUUAAUUGUUGCUAUUGAUAAUAAUUUAAUGAAAAAAUUUGUAAUUAAUUAUGUUUGA